UUUAUCAAUAAUCUAAUCUUACCACUUAUAGCUGGGCGAUGUUAAAUAUAAUGUUAGUAAAUGGUUAAGGACGAACAGACUGAAACGUUUUUUAAAGGAGAAUAGUGAAAGAAGACAGAAUGUGUUGCCUAGCGGAAUUCAUCGUCAAAUAUGUGUUGAUCAUUGUCAACAUUGUUUUCGCCCUCGCCGGUUUGGCGAUCAUCGGUUUGGGCACAGCAGUCCACGUCAACUUGAGUGAUUUCUACCAGAUCAUCGACAUUAGGGUGCUGACCAUUUCCGUCAUCGUAAUAGGAUGCAUCGUCUUCGUUAUAGCAUUCUGUGCCUGCUGCGGUGCCAUCAGGGAAUCAAAAUGCAUGCUGGGUUUCUACGCAGCUUGCAUGGCAAUACUGGCCGCAAUUAAGAUAUACAUAACGGUGGUGAUAUUCUCCUUCCUUGGGCACACCAUGGAUACCAUAUCAAGAUGGCUGAAUACUGCUUUUAACAACGAAGACCUGCGACCUGUCUACCAAGGCAUGGAGAUGUUGUUCCAAUGUUGUGGUACGAAUGGAACAUCGUCGUAUUUGGUUGAUGGUCGGCCAAUACCGGCUUCUUGUUGCCCCAACCCUAACGCCCAACCGCCACAACAGUGCAGUACUACGAACGCAUUCAGUGGCUGCGUUGAUAAGGUCAGCGAUUACUUCGACACUUUCGGAGAAGCCAUUGGUGGGGUGCUAGUCGUCGUUAUCAUUGUUGAGUGUAUCUGCGUUAUCUUCGGAUUAUUCAUGUGCUGCCAGAUACGAGGACGAAGGACCGUCUAAAAUGAAAAAUAAAAACCUCUUUUAUCAUAAGACCUUUUUUUUAAAAAGGACGAAUGAUAAAAAAGAACUCGUCCUGACCAUCUCAAAACAUGCUAUAAGUAAUUUAUUUUACCUAUAAUAUAAUUUGCCAUAC